CCCGUUUCUUCCAUUUCCCUCCAUUUCCUCCCUUUAAACUCCACCUCCUCCAAUUCUUCUUCUUCCUCCAAUCUCCUCGCCCCUUUCUUUCAAAUCUCGUCAUGGAAGCCGAAACUGAUCCGGCGACUCCACCGAAAGUUGAAGAUACAGCGAUCAAGGAGCAAAAGGUCGACGCCCCGGCAGAUAAAGGGCUCGGUCUCGAUCUUUCCUUCCCUGCUAGCCAGAGCUUAAUUUGCGCGAACGUCGAGUCUUCUUCCAGUUCAAGCGACGACCUCGCUGCGCCGAAGGUAGAGACGACUGCGCCGCCCGGUGAGAUCGAGGUGAGGAAUGAGAGUAAGGAAGUAAAGAAAGGGAAAGGACGGCUAAAGAAAUUGGGAGCCGACAAUGACUUGCUUCUCUGCAAUCUUUCGGACAAUAGGAUGGUCACUCUCCACAAAUUCCAUGGGCAAGUGUUAGUUUCAAUUAGGCAGUACUAUAUGCAGGAUGGAAAGCUGCUGCCUUCACCCAAAGGAAUAAGCCUCACUCGUGAACAGUGGGAAUCCUUCGUAAGAGCUGUCCCUCUCAUAGAAGCAGCUCUCAAGAAAUUUGGGUCCUUUCCCCCUAAAAAAAGAAGAUGAGAGUCCUCCCUGCGCUGAAGUUGAAUCUGCAGCUGAUAGAGCAUGCUAAAAGAGUUGCCUUAGACCUUUCAUUGAGCUUUAUUUCAUUUAAUAGAGAUAAAACUCUAAAAUCAGAUGUUCUAUCCUCAGAUCUUUUUUCUUGCAAUUGCUAGUGCUUUUCUUACAGCGCUUUUCUCA